UAUCCACUUUCUUCAAUAUUAAAAUGUGAUUUAAAUUGAAUAAAUUCGUCGCUUACUGUAUUUUAUACAAUGUUUUAAUGUAAGGUUUAAAUCCGGAUUCAUCUACGUUGUUCUGAAUAAAAGGGUCAUUUAAUCAAAAAGGUAAAGAACAACAGGAGUCAAGAUGCCAUCUACCCACCUAAACCUACGUGAGGAUGAUGUGGUACGUUUGUCCCUGGAGUUUCUCCACAACCGCGACCUGCAUAUAACUCAGUUAUCGCUCGAGCGUGAAACUGGUGUGAUCAACGGUAAUUUCGCUGACGACGUACUGUUUCUAAGACAACUCAUCCUCGAUGGGCAAUGGGACGACGUCCUCGAGUUUAUUCAACCGCUAAGUGCACUGAAAGCUUUCGAAACCGACAAAUUCAACUAUGCCAUCCUUAGACACAAGUAUAUAGAACUGUUAUGUAUAAGAUCUGAAAUUAAAGCUUACAAUAAUGUAGAAAAUAUCGUAGACGAAGUCGUGAAAGUACUUAGUGAUCUAGAGAAAUUAGCGCCAUCAAAAGAAGAAUACUCCAAUCUCUGUUUGCUGUUAACACUUCCAAGUAUUACAGAUCACGCCCAAUUUAAGAAAUGGAAUCCUAGCAACGCUCGUGUUCAGUGCUUUCGUGAAGUCUAUCCGCUCGUUGAACAAUUUUUGCCUUGUGAUAAAAAAUCAACUGGCACCGUGUCGAAAUGUGCAAAGAAUGAUCGUCUGAUGCAAUUACUUAUUAAGGGUAUAUUAUAUGAAUCGUGCGUUAAUUAUUGUCAAGCUAAAGCUACGGGCUCUGAGACGCAAUCUAAUGAAGUAAAUUUUUCGAGACUUCUGGACGGUUCAGGAUUCGACGAAUCUGAUUUGAGUUUGCUGUCUUGGCUGCAGUCUAUUCCCGCUGAAACAUUUAGUGUUCCAUUCGAGCAGAGGAUGUUGAACGUAGACGUGGAGAAAUUAGAACGACCUUCGCUGCACACUUCUUGGACGGAGCAUAUGCUCGUCACGCCGAUAAAGCCUCGUACGUUCCCUCACCUGGCGAUGCCAUUCAGACGUCCCAGGUCGGCUGCGGACGCGAUGACUAGAUCUCUGAGGCCGCUACCGGAUGGUAAUCCAAGACACGCAGACAUAAUGGCGCUCUCUGCGAUCGAUUACAGCCCUUCUUCUUCUUGUUUUGCUGGAUUUCAUCUAACGGGCAUAAAAGGUAGCAAGUUGAUGAACACGUCCGUCGAUAGAUUGUUCGAUAAUAUUAACGACGAGAGGUAUUUCACGGAUCCGACGCUGAAGCCUAUCGAAGAGCAAACAAAGCCCGCAGGAGAGUUCACAGCUUCGACGAAGACGAACGAAUCGAGUAGCAUCGGUGCUUCGAAUGCGACUACUCCCGAGCAUAAGGGACAGGAGUACUCUGUGUCGACGUCUGUAUCGACGACAGCGGCGUCCGCUGAGAGGUCGUCACUUGGUGAUCGGACACCGCAACAGCCCGAGGCGUCUCCAACGCCGGUUGCCGAGGGCGACUUCAGGAGGGAGCUAUUGAAGGAAUAUCAAAUGCAGAAACAGCGCGAAUGCGACGAUUAUCUGCGCAAUCUUUGCUCUUCAGAUUUGCGGCCGCAGAAAACGAUGGAGCAGAUAGGUGAUGCUGCAUUAGGUUUUAAUGCGGCCGCAAACUAUCCACAGAAUUCCACUCCGAACAAGAUACAGAAUCAGGAGCAGUGUGCUAGAAAAAAUGACAUCCCGAAAUCGCCAGACAUUGGAGACAAUGCAAACGACACGUCGAUAAUCGUGGUGUCGGUGCGCGCGCGCAUGCCGCUUAUGAGUCAUCGCUGAGCCUUCUGCGCAUAACCGACCGAACAGA